GGUUUAUUUUUUUUGUUGAAACGGAUAUAGGUGGAGUUUUCCUGCAUGCUGAAUGCAUUGGUGAUAAUAAAGUUAUUUGCUGCAUAAGGAUUAACAGACCAGGAGUGAAUGAGAACAGCAUCAACAACAGCAUCCAGCAAGAGCUCCACAGUUGAUUUUGACAAGUGUGUGAUGAGGCUAAUCUGUUGAAGGUUAUGUUAUUUGAUGCUGCUGGGUCUAGUCUGAGGACUUGGUCGGGGUCCUGCACUUGGGCGAGAAAGACUAAGAGCCACGAGAUGAACGACCGCCCCUGAGGAAUAAUUCUCAUAGCGAAUUUGAGCAUCCCUAUCAAGGACUGCAGCUGUCUUUUAGUACACUCGUGUGACCAGGUAAUUAUAGAACAGGUGCUCUCUCUAGCUGCAUAGAGGGAACCAGUAACAUCGUAGAAGACGCACGCAGCGAAGGAAACGUAGCGUAGUACUGCAGAAUUAGUCUGAGGGCAGAGCGAUGGAGCACCCCACUUGCAACUCCAGACCAUUCAGAAGAUACAUUAUUUAUCAGCACCCUCUGGACACACUCCUGUAACCAGUUUUCUAUCCAGCUUGGACCACUGGAAACAUGAAUAGGCACCUCUUCUACAGCAUAGCAGUUACUUUUUUGAUUUUGGUCACUAUGUUCCUUUCCUAUUUAUACCAUGCCAAACUUAACAUUGUUGUGUUUACGGACAUUGUGCAAAAAAAUGAAGUGGUUUCAAAAACAGAGGAACCAGUCAUUGAGAAGACUCAGACUGUAGAAGAACCAAAACCUCUGACCGGUAUGUGGACUGUCAAUGCCAUUGGCCGUUUGGGCAAUCUAAUGGGAGAGUAUGCCACGCUUUACGCUCUUGCCAAAAUGAAUGGCCGACAGGCCUAUGUCUUGCCAGGAAUGCACAGCCAGCUGUCAAAGAUCUUUAAAUUAAGAUUGCCAGUACUCCACCAGGAUGUAAUUAACCGCGUCAAAUGGAGACAUUACGGACUUCAUGAUUGGAUGUCUGAUGAGUACCGACAUAUAGAAGGGGAAUAUAUUCAUCUUGGUGGCUACCCAUGUUCUUUUACAUUUUACGAUCACAUAAAAGAUGAAAUUCUCAGAGAAUUUACAUUCCAUGACUUCAUUAAAGAAGAAUCUUAUGCAUAUCUGAACAAUGUGCGUGGUGACAGGAAAAAUGUCACUUUUGUAGGUAUACAUGUCCGUCGAGGAGACUAUGUGCAUGUUAUGCCCAACACAUGGAAAGGGGUGGUUGCUGACAAAGGAUAUUUGCAAAAAGCCAUGGAUUAUUUCAGAAACAAGUAUGAAAACCCACUGUUUAUUGUAACCAGUAACGGGAUGGACUGGUGUAAGGAGAACAUUGAUAAUUCACUGAAAGACGUUCACUUUGCUGGAGAUGGUCAAGAAGGAUCCCCAGGACGGGACUUUGCCCUCUUGGCACAUUGUAACCACACCAUCAUGACUAUAGGGACCUUUGGUAUUUGGGUGGGCUACUUAGUAGGUGGUGAAACCAUCUAUUUAACAAACUACACUCUGCCCGACUCUCCUUUUCUUAAACUUUUUAAAUAUGAAGCUGCUUUCCUUCCGGAAUGGAUUGGGAUUCCUGCCGACCUCUCUCCACUUUUGAAAAAUAAUCCAUAAUGAUAACUCAGGAACUUCUCUGGAGAUAAACAGAAUGCCAAAAGUAUUUGACUAGGAUCUAUCCCUCCUGUGGAGAUGAUGUUGCAUUUCAUACAAUGCAAAAAUAACAUUCAUGUUGCAUAAUUUAUUACAUUGCUAUAUAUUUUUUGAACUUUAGCAAUAAAAAUUUUGAUUUUACCCAU